AUGGCCCGAAAUCUACGCGCAACCUUCCUUUACGUAGUUUUCUCCAUCUUCUUCUGUGCUUUCCUCUCUCACCAUUACCUUCAUCGCGACCCAGCUGUUGUUUCCCUCCCCAACAUUACCACCGCUACCGCCCUCAACUUUGAUGUUGAUGAUGAUCAAAAUGAUGAUCAUCCCCGCCGUCCUCCACCAACCAAUUCGCCCCCUGUCCCACCAAUCACCACCGCUACAAUUACCUCCACUGCCAUCAUCAAUCACGCCAUCCACGAUAAUCUCUCCGCCGCCCACCACCCCAAAAUCCCUCCUCAACCAUCCCCUCUCCUCCUCCUCCUCUCCACCGUUUCCCUUCUCCUCCCCGACUGGGAGGGCGACGUUCAAGUGCGUCCUCCAGAAAGGAGUCGUCGGAGAUUGCCGUUCCCGAGGCCGGUGCUGACGAAGAACCGCGCACCACCGCCGCAGAGGAGUUCUCCGGCCCCGGAAAUGCUCCGGUGGACCUACGUGGCGUAUGAUUCCCUGACGACGGAGGACGAUGUGGUGGUGUUCGCGAAGGGGCUGAAUCACAGGCAAGGAAUAAACCGUGAGCCGUCGGAAUUUAAGUGCGUGUUCUAUCGGGGCGAUGACGUGGCAAACGGGGUGAGAACUGCCGUUACGAAUUCCAUGCAGGAAGUGUUCCGUUGUCAACGACCCUCCGAACUAACGCAUCGUUUCCUCUAUUUUCUUCUUCUUCUUUCCAGCACGGGUCUCCCAGCGUCGCCUACUAUAACCCCGCGCAAGCUAGCUGCGAAGAGCAGCGGGAGGGCGCUACUGUGCGCCUGCACCAUGGUCUACAACGUGGCCAAGUUCUUGAAAGAAUGGGUCGUCUAUCAUUCCAAAAUUGGGGUGCAAAGGUUCCUGCUCUACGAUAACGGCAGCGACGACAACUUGAAAGACGUGGUGGAAGAGCUGGUGAGACAAGGUUACGAUGUAAACAGCUACUUUUGGUAUUGGCCCAAGGCGCAGGAGGCCGGUUUUUCCCACAGCGCCGUUUAUGCUAAGGAUUCUUGUACCUGGACGGCUUACAUUGAUGUGGACGAGUUCAUUUAUUCUCCUUCCUGGUUCAAUUCGUCAAGCCAUCAAGCUCCAUGUUGCAUUCCCUACUCACCAUCAUUGUCAUUAGGGCAAGUUCACAUCGGGUGUCACGAAUUCGGGCCGUCGAACCGGACGGAACAUCCUGCAGAGGGAGUGAUGCAAGGGUACAAUUGCAGAAAGCAGCUCGAAAACAGGCACAAGUCUAUAGUGUUAUUAGAUGCAGUGGACAAUUCUUUGUUGAACGUGAUACACCAUUUUAGUUGAAGCCGCGGGUACUGUCCUAGGAAGUUGAGCAUUCGGGAAGCGUUGGUGAAUCACUAUAAAUUCCAGGCGUGGCCGGAGUUCAAGACCAAGUUUAGAAGACGGGUUUCGGCUUACGUGGUGGACUGGACGCAACAGGUGAACCCUGGUUCCAAUGAUAGAACCCCAGGGCUAGGGUUUUCAGCCGUUGAACCUCAGGGUUGGCCUGGAAAGUUUGAGGUGCUUGAUAACGGCUUGAAAGACCUCACCCGGAAAUGGUUCGCACUCGAAGUUGCAUCCUCCUCCGAGGUUCACAACAACUACAAGAUGGCUUGGCAAAGGUGACCGGCAGCUGGCGGCACCCUCGUUUUCUUGUUCACAAAGGAAGGGAAGGUGAGGUGGCGGCUGAGCAUACAUGAGAAUCUCAUACGAAUGAGAGAGGAUGAUUAAUGGAGAGAGUGAAGGGACGGAGCACUUGGACAUUUAGGAGGAAAGGAAUAUAAUACCAGUGUAAGGUUGCUUCUGGCUGCUACAAGACGACGACUAGUAGCUUUAUGGAGUAGUUUAUAAAUUUUUUUUUUUUUUUCAUUUUCUUCAGGAGCUCUGUGUCUUGUAUACUUUAUUAGCUACAUAUAUAGUUCAGUACAGUAGUAGUUCUGUAGGAUACUAUUACGUGAGACAAGAAGACUUCACCACCUAGCUACUCUAGGUUGGAAGGAAGUUAGUUAUGGACACCCCUCCAUACUUGGUAUCUAGAUUACUUCAUUUAAUUUCCUCU